AUGCGAUCUUUGAGACGUACCGACACCGGAGAUUUUUGGCCGAGGAUUAUUCACGCGGUACGUGUUUUGGCCGAGUUUUCCUUCCUGUGGUAUGGUUUUCAGCCGAGAAAAGUUGACCUGCGACGUGGAGGAGUUUUCAUAAGAACCUCAAUCAUUCAUCCUCUCAAAUAUUGGCUUGUAAAUAUCAUAAUUUUUGGAUACGGCAGUUUAUCAUAUAUCCCAAAUUUCUAUUCUUCAUCAUCUUCUUCAGAUGAUGAUGACAAUAUGGAAAUAAUCAACAGUCUCGACAAUGCAGAACAAGCAAUACAUCGUGCUAUCGCUAAUAACAACGCAAUCAUCCAAUACUUUCUCAAUCAACAAAGCAACGAUGUAGCCCAUGACAGAUCGGUUCGAGGACGUACUUUCAUCCACCGAGAUCGGGAAAGUGCACAUGACAGAUUGUUCAAUGACUACUUCUCUGAAACUCCAUUGUAUAAUGAUGCUAUGUUUCGUAGAAGGUAUCGUAUGUCUCGUUCCCUAUUCCUUCGUAUUAUUAACGCAGUUGAAAAUCAUGACAACUACUUCACUCAAAAGAGAGAUACAAUCGGUAGACUUGGAUUAUCAUCCCUUCAGAAAGGAACAGCUGUUUUACGGAUGCUAGCGUAUGGUUUGCCAGCGGAUGCCACAGACGAGUAUGUGAAGAUUGGCGAAUCAACGGCACUCGAAAGCAUGAAAAUAUUUUGUCGAGCUAUAGUGGAUAUUUUUUCAGAGCAAUAUUUACGAUCACCAACGGCUAAUGAUGUUGCCAGACUUCUUUAUAUUGGUGAAAAACGGGGUUUUCCAGGGAUGCUUGGUAUUGCUCCUUCUUGUCAUUAUGUCAUACAAGGAAACCAAUAUAAUAUGGGUUAUUAUUUGGCUGAUGGUAUAUAUCCAAAAUGGUCAACCAUAGUGCAAACUAUUCAUGAACCAAGGGGUCCUAAGAAAAAAUAUUUUGCUACACAACAAGAAGCAUGUAGGAAAGAUGUUGAGCGUGCCUUCGGAGUUCUCCAAUCACGUUUUGCAAUUGUGAAAGGUCCGGCUCGUUUUUGGAAAAAAAAUGUGCUACAUGACAUAAUGACUACAUGUAUAAUAUUACAUAAUAUGAUAAUCGAUGAUGAGCGUGAUCUGGAUGCACCAAUUGAAGUUGAAAGAGAAGCUCCACCUCCAGAAGUUGAAAUAGCGAUAGAUGAAAAUAUCCGAUUUCAAGAAUUUCUUUGUCGAUAUAGACAAAUCAAAGACAAAGAAGCUCAUUUCUCACUUCGAAAUGCGUUAAUUGAUCAUUUGUGGGAGAAGUAUACUAAUGGUGAUGUUUAA